UGAGCGCAGCGGCGCAGAGCGGGUGCAGAUCCUGCCCACCAUGGCCAGGCGCCCACGGAGCAGCAGAGCGUGGCAUUUUGUCCUGAGUGCAGCUCGCCGAGAUGCGGAUGCCCGGGCCGUGGCUCUGGCAGGGUCCACCAACUGGGGCUACGACUCUGAUGGGCAGCACAGCGACUCAGAUUCCGACCCCGAGUAUGCAUCUCUGCCGUCAUCCAUCCCCAGUGCCGUGCCUGUGACUGGGGAGUCCUUCUGCGACUGUGACAGUCAGAGUGAGGCCUUCUGUGGCAGUCUGCACGCCGCCCACCGGGGCAGGGACUGCCGCUGCGGGGAGGAGGAUGAGUAUUUUGACUGGGUCUGGGAUGACCUGAAUAAGUCCUCGGCCACCCUGCUGAGCUGUGACAACCGGAAGGUCAACUUCCACAUGGAGUACAGCUGUGGCACAGCGGCCAUCCGGGGUACCAAGGAGCUGGGGGAGGGCCAGCACUUCUGGGAGAUCAAGAUGACCUCGCCCGUCUAUGGCACUGACAUGAUGGUGGGCAUCGGGACAUCGGACGUGGACCUGGACAAGUACCACCACACGUUCUGCAGCCUGCUUGGCCGGGACGAGGACAGCUGGGGCCUCUCCUACACGGGCCUCCUCCACCACAAGGGCGACAAGACGAGCUUCUCCUCCCGGUUCGGCCAGGGCUCCAUCAUUGGUGUGCACCUGGAUACCUGGCAUGGGACGCUGACCUUUUUUAAGAACAGGAAGUGCAUAGGAGUGGCAGCCACCAAGCUGCAGAACAAGAGGUUCUACCCGAUGGUGUGCUCCACGGCGGCCAAGAGCAGCAUGAAGGUGAUCCGCUCCUGUGCCAGCAUCACCUCCCUGCAGUACCUGUGCUGCUACCGCCUGCGCCAGCUGCGGCCUGACUCUGGGGACACGCUUGAGGGCCUGCCCCUGCCGCCCGGCCUCAAGCAGGUGCUGCACCACAAGCUGGGCUGGGUCCUGAGCAUGAGCUGCGGCCACCGCAAGCCCCCCACGCCCUCGCCCAUGGCCAAUCCCAGCAGCCCCGAGACCCGGCGCUGCCAGAGGAAGCGCUGCCGAAGGACCUAGCUUGUUUCCCAGUGAAAAUUGCCUUCUACAGCUGGGAUGGCGUUUUCUCUGUUUCUCCCUUUCGACCACCCCCCAGGGCAACAGGAGAGGGAGGACUGAACCAAGGUUUGUCUCGGCUGCCCCCCUGCCACCCGAGGCUGGGAGAGGCCUUGCUACAGGGGCUCUGGGGCCAUUAUCCCUGUGAUCCGGAGACCCGGACUUCCUAGUCUGUCUGCUUCCUGUGCCGGGUGUGGGAGCAGC